AUGGGGCCCCUGGGCAAUAGGGGAUCAUGGGGUCCCCUGUGUCCUUGCCCAAACUCAAAAAAGCCUAUGAAAAAGUGUUGUCAUCUGUCACAUGCGCCCCACCCAGGCGGAGUCUUCAAGCAGUCAUGCCGACACACAUUGCUCAGCCAUGGUUCACUAGUUGUCACCAUUAGGAAACUUGCAGGGGCAGGGGCGGAUUGACAACUCAUGGGGCCCCCGGGCAAUAGGGGAUCGUGGGGCCCCUGUGUCCUUGCCCAAACUCAAAAAAGCCUAUGAAAACGGUACCAGGGGCAUCUCAUGGGGCCCCCUACUGACCCCGGGCCCUCGGGCGGUGCCCGAGUUUCCAAAUGGUCAGUCCGCCCCUGGCC